AUGAUGAUCUCACAUACUUUACUGCAUUACGAACAUGGCUCGCCAGAGGCGGCUGCUCAAGACAUGAUCGUGGGGGUUCUGGAUACCGGGGUGUGGCCGGAGUCGAAGAGCUUCGACAAUUCUGGCAUGACGGAUGUGCCGGCGAGGUGGCGCUGCCGGUGUGAAUCCGCCGCAGAUUUUGACCCAAAAACCCACUGCAAUAAAAAGCUAAUCGGUGAUAGUUUCUUCACAAGAGAGGCAGCUGCUCAAGACAUGAUCGUGGGGGUUCUGGAUACCGGGGUGUGGCUGGAGUCGAAGAGCUUCGACAAUUCUGGCAUGACGGAUGUGCCGGCGAGGUGGCGCUGCCGGUGCAAAUCCGCCGCAGAUUUUGACCCGAAAACCCACUACAAUAAAAAGCUAAUCGGCGCUAGUUUCUACACCAGAGGUUCUCGCAUGGCGUCGGGUAGAAUCCUUGCCGGAGAGUCCGAUUCGCCGCGUGAUUAG